GCAAAGUGAAGCGGAAGCAAUUGAGGUAAGAAGGCCUCGCCUUUGAAGGUGCCAGGCACCACACAAACGCCAGCGCACGCGGCAGCGAGCGCCCAGGACCUCGAACCCUCGUUCCGCACGCGCGACCGGGGUUUGGGCUGCCUCCCGCCGCGUCGCCAUGGCCACGGCCGCUGCCCCCGAGAGUGAGGACCCCCAGAGGCCCACUGAUACUGCCGCCGGCGCGCUCCUGGCCUGCCUGAGCGACGCCUGCGCGAGCCCGGCGGCCGCCUACCGCCCGGCGCCGCCCGACGCCGUCGCGGCCGCCGUCGCGCUGCUCGCGCGUCCCGCGGCCCAGAUCUCGAGCGACGACGACGACUCGUCCAAAACCUCGAGCCUGCACGGCUCCGAGAGCUCGAAGUCGCUGAGCUCGAGCCCGCCGCCGUCGCAGCGCGAAGCGACCGAGCAGUCGAGGAAGGACAUCCGCCGGGAACGCAACCGCCAGCACGCGCGGGUCUCUAGGGAACGCAAGCGGAAAAAGAUGCAGUCCCUCGAGGAGGAGAACGUCGCGCUCAAGGCGCGCGUCGCCGAGCUCGAGGCCGCGCUGGCCGCGCGCUGACCCCCCUUCUCGCUACUUAAUUAUCUUCUUUAGUC